GCAAAUCCCGUGAACAGUUAUCCAAACUCAUCUCCUCCUCGAUAUAAGACAACGGAGUUGAGCGUUCCUCAGCUAGGUUUCCUGUUACCUUUUUUUAGUGAAACCGGUGUUUUUAAACACAACACAUUAUUGAACAAUAAUAAUUAUGCCUCAAUUCCUUAAAAGGGAAUCUGUUCAAUUCUUGGCAUUAUGUUAGAAAUGCCUAUAUGGACUUUCCUGACCUGCAAAAUGCCAGUUUUAGAUUUUGGUUAGUCGUUUUACUGGGCCUGUGAACAUUACAGGGACACUCCGUUUAUAGAGCCCACAAGCUGUUUUGAGAGACCGAGACUGCUGGCCUAUUUUGGUUCCAUGCAGAAUUGUUCCUGUGACCUGUUUCCGGAGAUUUUGGAGACAAAUGUUGUAGCCAUGUACAAACAAGAAAUGGCCUGUCCUGAAUGGCGCAAUGGUGUACAUUUUAACAUCUGUUCUGAGUCUGUCCCAAUCAUAAUCUGCUCUUACUAAACAGUGGAAUUUUCUUUGUAAGAGCAGAAUUUGGUAAUCUGUACUUGGUCUUCAACCAGGACAGGAAAUGUUUUAAUUUCAGCUCAGAUAAACAAGACUUUGUUUAAUUGUUUGUAAAUGCAAUUAUAAUAAUUUUUGGUUAAGUCUCUGCAGAUUCAUCAAUGGAAUAUUGGAUGAAAAAAAGCGAGUAUGAGCAGCUGAACUAUGCCCGGCAACUGAAAGAGCGACUGGAGGCAUUCACACAGGACUUCUUACCCCACAUGAAGGAGGAGGAAGAGGUGUUCCAGCCCAUGCUGAUGCAGUACUUCACCUAUGAGGAGCUGAAAGACCUCAAGAAGCAGGUGAUGGCACAGCACUGUAGCCAGCAGCGAUGGGACUGUGCAGCCGAAGUGCUGAAGGGGCUCAGUCUGUGGAGCCAGGCAGAGGAGCUGCACAAGGCCUUCAAGUAUGCUGACCAUGAGAAGACUGACGAACUAGAGAAAGAGCUGUGCUCCACCCACAUCUCCCAGCUACCUACAGAGAUCCUGCUGCAUCUGUUCCGCUACCUGGGUCCUGAGGACCUGUGUCACUGUGGCCAGGUGUCCUCAGCCUGGUCCGACCUGGCCAAGACCGGCUCUCUGUGGAGGCAUCUCUACCCUGUACGCUGGGCCAGAGGGGAUCACUAUCGUGGCCCCCCAGCUGAUCUGAAUCAGGAACCGGAGGAGGAGUGGGUGAAGAGUCUGCAGGAUGAGGGCAAGGCCUACCAGGAGUGGGAUGAGGAUGCAGAUGUGGAUGAGUCUGAUGAGACUUGUGAAGACUCAUUGGCUAUAAGCUCAGCUCAGAGGGAGAAGAAGCUACUGAAUGAAAUGAUCCAGAACCUUCUGCCAGCUGUGGGUUCCUCUGUCAGGUCCAUCGUUCUGGCCUACAGCUCUACGGUCUCCAGUAAGAUGGUGCGUCAGAUCCUUAGUCUCUGUCCUAAUCUCACCCACCUGGACCUCACUCAGACUGAUGUCACAGACUCCGCCUUUGACAGUUGGUCAUCUCUGGGGGCAUGUCCAUCUCUUGAGCACCUGGACCUAUCCGGCUGUGAGAAGAUCACUGACCACACCCUGAAGAAGCUGUCCAUUUCUCAGAAACGAUCUGACCGGCAAGCCAAGCUUCUGAAGAGCCCGCCUCCCAUUAGUCUGCUGGACGAGCGGAUCCUCCAUUUGAUGGGGGGCAGCAGGCAGGCCCUGAUCUUCAAGCAGCGUACGGGGACACGGUGCAGCAGCCCCUCCAGGGUCUGGGUCCUGGACCCUUCGGAGCUGGCCGACAUCGAGGAUGCAGCAGAGUGGAACCGCCGCGGGGGAGUGUCUACCCCUGAGGGGCGAGGCUUUGUGGCGACGAAGCCAGGAGGUUCGUGUUGCUGCAGGAGGAGUAGGAGGCGGGGCCUCAGGACAAGCUAUAGCACCUCCUACUGGCAGCAGCAGUAUGGGCUUGGGGAGGCCUGCUGUGGCCAUUCAACCUGCUGCACUGGUGAGAUGGCCCUGAGGGCUUGUGGAGGGCUGCAGUGUUUGUCUUACACCACCACGGGCAGUGCAGGGGCAGAGUUUUGGACUAAAUGCUCCUCUGGGGGCCAGCGGUGCCUGGAGCUUUACAACAGAACUGAUCAGUCAGACGCUCGACGCUCGCUGAGAUUCCUCAGCCUCUCUGGAUGUUAUCGGGUUACAGAUCUGGGUUUGAGGGCGCUGUCUCAGCGUGGAGGUCUUCCUUUCCUGGAGCAUCUGAACCUGUCUGGAUGUCUCCUCAUCACUGAGGUUGGGCUACAGGAGCUGGUGUCAGCCUGUCCUGCCCUCAAUGAUGAACACUUCUACUACUGCGACAACAUCAAUGGUCCCCAUGCUGAUACGGCCAGCGGCUGCCAGAACCUGCAGUGUGGCUUCAGGGCCUGCUGCCGCUCUGGAGAGUGACCUUUGACCUAACCUUACUUUCUAUGAACCCCCCCCCCCCCAUCUGCACUUUAAUCCUCACCUGGGAACAUGCCAUUUGUUGUAUUUUGUCACUUCAGAUAGUUUCUACAUGAAAUGUUAAGUAAAAAGUAGAGAACUGGCAAUGUCAGGAAUAUCUAUUUCUUGGAAACACUAAUUUAGAAAAUAAAAUAUAUGGGUGUUGGUUGAAGUAUCUGCAAAUGUAUAUUCUGGUUCCUAAUUUUUGUGGUUUUGAAAAGGUGAUUUGUUUUACACUUGGUAUACGUGAGCACCUAGUACUUGUUUCUGUACAACCGGUAUCCUGUCGUUUCUGACUAGUUCCACCUCUGCUCCUUCUUGCUUGUUUUAGAUCACCAAUUUGCGAUUACUGUAGUCUUACUUGGUUUAUUGAAAAUAGAGUAGUCAGAAACAUCAGAUUAUUCACUGUUGUGAUGUGAGGUCCCUUCAUAGGAAAAUAAGCACCCACUAAAUUAUUUAUUAUUACACACAGCUGACAUUUUAAAAUAUUCAUUUUUGUUGUAAAUAGUGGUGAUUCACGCUGUGGAAGAUGCUGUUGCAGCGUAAUGGGGUUUGUCAGUGACGGUUAAGAAUCUGAGGGUGCUGCACAUUUCACUACCAGAGACCACACACUCACACACAUUCAACAAAGUUUAAAGUGGUAAAUUGGUUGUGGUCUUAACAAUUUAUGUAUAUUAAUAAAACAAAUGUAUGAUAACGCUAUUGAAGAGUUCCUUCAUGUAGUGUGCCCGCUCAUGGUGAAGACUGGUUCUUAUGCUGGCAAGUGGCAACCCAUGUAAGUUAGAACAGGGGUUCCAACACCUUUUCUUGUGUUGCUUUGAGACCCAGGUGUCUUGAGGCGUGACCCACCAUUGAGCGGUGUAAAAACAUACACUGGCCAAAGAAUGAGUGCAACAUUAUUUUGGCAGGAAGGUUUAAAGGUAAUAUCUUGCAAUUCUAUACAUUUUGGGAUGGAGCUGAAACGACAUUUUGCAGUUACGAUAAUUUCCUGCAAUUCUAAGCAUUUUGACAUGGCUAAUUGUGUUCUUAUCCUCUAACAUAACAAAAUCAAUAGGAGCCUGAUUGUCUAGGUUUUAUUUUGUUGAUUGUAAGUUUUUAAAAGAUAGUGGGCUAUUAAAAAAUAUAUAGGUCACCCUGGUGGUCAGUUCACUGGUAGAAUUGUGUCAGAUGGGUACAUGCAUUUCAGGAAUAAAGAGUUAUUGUGG